ACUCUCUUCCAAUUGCUAACACUUCCGUCGGUUCCCUUCUGCUCUCUGCUAAUUGCGUCGCGCCGGGGUGCUUUGACUUCUCUCCCUUUGCCUCGAAGACCGGACCGUACCCAAAGCAAAUCGCACGUCUCCAGGCUAAAUCUCUAUCGAAAAUCGCGAUCGUCCCUGAGCGCACUAGAAUCUUUAAGGGCCACUUUCUUCUCAUGCCCCCAGAGUCACGAUCAUUCAAAGCCAACGGCGAAUCAUAUCCGAUCCCACCCCCUGAACCGCGUGGACUUGGCGCGAUCGUCAACUCCGAUCAUGCCUGCUAAACCGUCGAGUAACGGCGCUGCGUCCGCCACCUCGGUGUCCUCAACCGCGAAUAUGCGUUUCGAGCUUCCGGCCCUGGAAUUCGCUUUCGGCUCCCUGACGGACGGCACCGACAUUCCACCGCCGCCACCAUCCCCCAAGGAGAAGGUACCGACGCCGCCGAAGACGCCGAUAGUGGACGAGGCCGAAAAGAAGCAGGAACUCGCAAGCAGCGCUGCCAAUGGUCAUGGGUCGAUUAUAAAUCAGAACGCAUCUAGGCCUCCGAGUCGGACGGCAAGUACCGUCGCGGAAGAGAAAAAGUCGAAGCGCUCGAGUGGCUGGUUUAGACGGUUACGGCCAAGUGAUCAUGCCAAGAGGGUCAGUCAGCAUUUUGAGGAAGUGAAGAAGUCGUCGCCGGACCCUUCAUCGCCUGGCCCGUCGUCGCUUGGUCCGCCGCCACCCAUGAUCCCGGAGCUGAGCGCGCUCGAGUCCAAAGUCGAUACGCGCCUAGGUGACGAUUUAUUCAAGGAGAUUAAAUAAGGCGUUACGCUGCCGGGAGGGGAGGGGGGCAUCUCUCAAACUUUUCAUCCACGAACAUCUUUCUGGUUGAUCCAUUUCGGUAUCCUAUGGAGGUUUCUUGGAGAACCAUCUUCAAUCUACUGCCAUAACUAUCCUAAGGCAGAGUAAUAAUUCGCCACACUGCACUGAACACAAUGGUUCUUUAUAGAGGAAC